GCCAUAUCUCUCACAGAAAACAUCUGAAACCAACAAAACGUUUGCCAAAAUUCCCUUGAGUUUCUCUCCCCCUGUUUGGAUUCCCGAAUACCAUAUUCCAACCUCGAUUAACAAACCAUGGCUUCCCAGACAGAGCCUUGGCUAAUGGAAAACGGAAGCCUCAAGCGUUUAACCAAAGAACAUCGACAUGGCCAUGGUCGAACAGCUCACAACAUGUCGUCCUCUUCCUUACGCAAAAAGUCCGAUUUAACUCUUGUCUCCAAAAUCCAAUUAGGCUGUCUUCGCAAGUUCCUUAUCAAUCUUCAGGAGGUCAUUUUGGGAACUAAACUUUCCAUUCUCUUCCCUGCUAUUCCGCUCGCUAUUGUCGCUCAGAGUUUUGGCUUUGGAAGACCUUGGAUUUUUGCAUUGAGCUUGCUUGGCCUCACGCCAUUGGCUGAACGUGUCAGUUUUCUGACCGAGCAAAUCGCUUAUUUCACUGGUCCAACAGUUGGGGGGCUUUUGAAUGCAACAUGUGGAAAUGCAACGGAGCUGAUAAUUGCAAUUCUUGCAUUGACACAAAGAAAGAUAGACGUGGUGAAGUAUUCUCUUUUGGGUUCUGUUCUUUCAAACCUUCUUCUUGUUCUUGGAACCUCUCUCUUCUGUGGUGGCAUUGCAAAUCUUAGAAGGGAACAGAAUUAUGACAGAAGGCAAGCUGAUGUCAACUCCCUGAUGCUGAUGCUUUCGUUACUGUGCCACCUAUUGCCGUUAUUGUUUGGCUACGCCGCCUCCUCCACUGCCACGGCCGCCGCCUCCACCCUCCACCUAUCCAGAGCCAGCAGCAUUGUAAUGCUCUCGGCUUACAUUGCUUACUUGGUCUUCCAACUCUGGACUCAUCGGCAACUAUUUGAAGCCGAGGAAGUUGAAGACGACGACGUUCCUGGAGAAGAGGCAGUGAUUGGAUUCUGGAGUGCAUUUGCAUGGCUGGUAGGAAUGACACUCCUUAUUGCUUUGCUGUCCGAAUACGUUGUCAACACAAUUGAGGAAGCAUCUUCUACUUGGGGUUUGUCUGUGAGCUUCCUUAGCAUAAUCUUACUCCCUAUAGUCGGAAAUGCGGCCGAACAUGCCGGGGCUAUCAUAUUUGCCUUCAAGAAUAAGUUGGACAUAUCUUUGGGGGUUGCUUUGGGAUCUGCAACACAAAUUGCAUUAUUUGUGAUUCCACUGUGUGUGAUAGUUGCUUGGACAAUGGGAGUGGACAUGGACCUGAAUUUCAACCUGAUGGAAACAGGGUCACUUGGAUUGGCCAUUAUUGCCACAGCCUUUACUUUACAAGAUGGAACCUCUCACUAUAUCAAAGGCCUUGUUCUUCUUCUUUGCUACAUUAUCAUUGCUGCUUGCUUCUUUGUUUCCAAGACACAAGAAGAUGGUAAAAAUGCCCCCAACUUGGAACUCCAAUCUUCAAACCAAGCAAUCUUCAAAGCUUAAAGGUUCAGAAAUAUUCUCAAAUCUUCAAUUUCGAAAUGAGAGGGACUCUCGUGAAAUAUCAUUUGUGAAGAAGGACCAAAAAAAAAAAAAAAAAAAAUCAAAUGGGUUUGUUCUUAACUUCUUUGAUUUCAAAAUUGGCCUCGAUCGGUUGCCUGCCUGCUGGAAAGCUUAGAAAAUUUGAAGAUGUUGGGAGUUUGAUGAAGGCAGUUUGUGGGCUAAAAAUCAAGCAUGCAAAAGUCUGCGGCUUUAUAUAUGCAAUAUUUGUAUGAUUUUAUUAUUAUUAUUUUAUAUGCAUUAUUUAAGUUUUUGUUUUGAAUUUUCUUGUUCGUUCCUGCUCUUGUGCGUUAAUUGUUGUAAUGAAAAAUCAUGUCCUAAUUUCUGCUUU